ACUUGAUUCAUGUCUAGGAUAGGCCUAGCCUGCAGUGCGUGAAAAUUGCCAACUCGAGGAUAACUUCUCAUGAUUUGUGUCCUAGCAAUUUUCUCUGUCACCCGUUCUGAAUCGUAGGGCACGAGACUGCCGUACAUGCCAUUGAAUCUACACGUAACCUGCUUCAACAACAGGGCUGUUCAGCUGAUGAACCAUGGACGUAUGAACCGACAAGAUGGUUACAUGUACAUUGCAAACCAUACAAGUUAUUGAGGGUCCCUGUGAAUGUAACUGUGAUAAUGAUGUCUUCAUUCAGUCCUUGCAAAUGCACCAUGGUGCCUUGAGCAUUACUUCAUGUAAUCUGGAAGAGUGACGUUUUCAUGGUAACACAUCUCAAGCAAACAUGAUGCAGGGACUGACCAUCAGAACCUGGAAUCGGCUUCUUGUUGCCGCCGUGCUGGUCCUCUUUGCUCUGAAUUUAUGGCUGGUGAGGACGCUUCUGAAUGGUACAUCAGAUGUUCAGUUACUGGAAAGGACAGAUACUUUCAGAAAUGCGCACGCUAAAGAGCCGGCAUAUCAGCAGGCUCAGUUGUCUACAGACUCCAAGCCACAGCUGUGUUCCAGUUCCACGCACAUUGACAGGAAUAAAGCUAUCGUACUCGGCCAUCGCAGACAUACAAAAGAUUUCUUGACAAUAGGAAUACCGACAGUCAAGCGACACCAGAAGUCGUAUCUUCAGGAGACUCUCAACUCUAUCAUUGAAAACACCAGCGUCGAACAGCGGGCAUCCAUCACCGUCAUUAUAUUCGCAGCCAACUUUGACGAGGAACUGAACCACCGCCUCAAAGUUGACCUGGACUCCACCUACCGCAAGCAUUUCAACUCAGGCUUCAUGCAGCUCAUCGCUGCCCCUCGCUCGUUUUAUCCUUCCUUGGACAACCUGAAGCAAAACUUUGGCGACUCCAAAGAGCACGUGGCGUGGCGAGCCAAACAGGUCGUGGACUUUGCGUUCUUGUUCAGCUACUGCCAGGGUCUGUCCGAGUACUACCUUCAGCUGGAAGAUGACGUCAUCUCCUCACCAGACUUUGUCCAGUACAUUAAAAAUUACCUGGAUACAGUGAAGCAUAAAAAAUGGGUAACACUGGAGUUUUCAGAGCUGGGUUUCAUUGGUAAGCUCAUUCAGUCGAGUGAGCUACCGCGACUGACACAGUUCAUGCUCUUCUUUUACGAGGACCAACCAGUUGACUACUUGCAGCAAUAUUACAAUCAUUUGAAUGCUCAGGAGGGUACAUUUAGACAUGCCCCUUCGUUGUUCCAGCAUAUUGGCACAAAGUCCUCCCUGACAAACAAGGAGCAGGAGCUGAUGGACCGUUUCUUUGAGGACAGCGUCAGGAAAUACAAGGGCGACAACCCGCCGGCCGUACUGUUCAGCAGCAUGGAAGUCUUUGGCAUGUACGUACCCCAGCUUGCCUACAGCUCCAAGCCUGGGUACUUCUGGGGUAAGACUCCCAUCACGGGAGACUCCUUCCUGGUUACCUUCGAGUCGCCCGCCCAGCUUUCCAGAGUCAUCAUAGAAACAGGGUCGGAGAAAAACCCGGAGGAUUACUUGCGGUCGGGAAAGCUUGAGGCUAGCCCGGUGGUGAUCUCUCAAAGUUUAGAUGGAACACCACGAUGCGCGGAUUAUCGUUCCAUCGGUAUUUUUGCUGAUGGGAAAUUAGAUGUCAGUAACUUAGAAACAAAGCUGGACUUCAGAACUAAGUGCAUGCAGAUUACUGUCACCAAAAGUCAACAGCAGUGGCUGUUAAUCAAGGAGAUAGCUGUAUGGGUCCGCAAGUGAUCAACCAUACAUGUAAAAAGGUAUGUUAAGUUAUUUCGUGAUGCACAAAUGGUGAAGCAUCAAUAUCACAUCCAACUAUCCGGAAGCUCUUGUCUCAUGUGUCAUCACUAAUCAAACUUCAAAGGGUCGCAUGUUUUCAUCUUCUGGGAAUGCUGCCUCUAAUCUCAGUACAUCAUUCUUUUGAAUUCAUAUGAAUGUAAAUAUUGUAGCAGAAGUUGCUGAGAGCCAACACAAAUAGAGAACCGACGUGUGACGUCACUAUGAACCAGAAAGUGCAGUGCAAACGAAUGGAGUAUGAACACAUUUUGGUUCACGCGCUGGUUCUCGUGCUAAUGCCUUCGGUACUCUAUUGUGGAUAUUCCAUCCCUUCCCAAUGUCACUGAUAUAUUUUGCGGUUAUGCUACGUAGGCAAGCAGUCAAACAUAUACUGUUGUACAUGUAUUCCAUUUACUUUUGCAUGUCAGGGUUUCCCUCGCCUAUUCAACUGUGAAGUAACCCACCUCACUGAUUUUAGUGACCAUAGAAGAAAAAGUAAAAUAACUUAGAUAUUUUGAAAUAGAUCGGUUUGAAAACGCACAGAAUGGUAAAGAGGGACACAGAGUACAAGAUCGAUUUACUUUAGAGGAAAAAUUAGGAGUAAAUGUACUACAAGCAUUAGUAAAAUUUGUAAAAUUUAUUUUAGGCCUUUUUGAAAACAAUUGCCUUGGUUUCAGGCACUAGAAUUUUGUUAAAAAUUUGUUUGACCACCUCAGAAAGCAGUACUUUAGUGGAAAACCCAUUACAUGUAUAUGUAUGUUUAUCCGUAAUCGGUGUGACGACCUUGAGAAACUCAGUUUUGGGGAAAUGUGUACCUUUACUUUUUAUUUUCAUGAGCAAAGUGCUGGUGAUGACCAUUGUUGUCAUAUGUGGUGAGAUCUCCGUGGUUGAGGUUUUUUCUUCCUGGAGAAGGGUCAGUUUAGAGUGUAGACCUUGAGAUCCCUAGUGCCACUCAGUAAAAGUAUAGAGAGAGGUACGUGUACCGCUAUUUAGAACCCCGUCUUUAUGCUCUCCACAUUUUGAAAAGGCCAUUUUUUUUUCAAAAGGUACCGAUUUUUGGCAUUAUAAAAAUGUACAUUUGCAUUGAUGAUUUAAGUUUGAUGUUCAUUGUUUAACUGGUUAGCAGCUGCAGUCACUUCCCAUGGAUUUGUGUAGUACUCCAAGCCUCAGUUGCCGCCUUAGGUACUAACAAGAAACUGUUGCAUUGGAUGACUGAUGUAAAGUGUACACGUACAUUGUAUAUAUACAUGUAUGUAAAAAGCAUUUAUAAGUACUAAUGUACCAUACGGUCAGGGUGUGCAUGUAGUGCGUGUGAUUUCUGACUAACUUUUUCUGUCAAAGAGCAGGGAUGUUUUUGUGAAGUUGAAGUGUUUGGAUUUUUGGUUUCCUUUUUCUUUAAAUAAGCGUGUUGAAACAGGUUAAAGAAAUUUGUCAUGCUAUUGGAAGAUGCCAUUUGAUGGAUAAUUAUUAUUUAUUAUCUUCAGGCAAACUUGAAUUCUCAGUUCUGAUUGGUCGAUCCAUGGCAACAAACAGUGAGGUCUGCCAAACCCCAUGCUGUUCAAACUCCACGCACUGUGCACAACUGCAAACUUUAACCCUAAAAGCCCUGAAUCCUCCAAUUUUAAUAUGAUUUUGCACACACCCUAGGGAGUUCGGAUUACUGUAAAUUCAAAGGUGAAGCAUUUGCGCACAUAGACCCCUAUAUAACAUAUUUACUGUGCGUCAAGUUUGCUUGAAGAUAAAUGUGUUAACACGCUCGUGCUUAUGGAACAAAGGAAUAAUGUAGUCCACCUGUGUCUCCUAUGGGCCUUGUGGUGCACAGAACACAGAUAAACUGUGUUCCACUCACGGUCAAUAAGAAAUCAUACCAUUCAGCCAACAUUCCAUAAAGCCUGAGGCUCAUGCUUUCAUUUAAUGUGCCUUUUAUAAAGUACUAGAUUCACAUAAAUAGUUUAUGAUAUUAUGAUUUUCAUGCCAUAACAGGUUAAUUAUGUUUUGUAAAGGUAUUGUAAAGUCAGUUACCAGUACUGUACUACUGGUAGUAGUAUUGAUUUAGGGAUGUUUUCACACUAUUCUUUAGCUCUAAUGUAUUCAAGCAAAGCGUAUCUAAGGGAGAAAAUUUGACCCUGCGCUUGACUACAUGUAUUCGCAUGACCUUGAAAUAUAUACAUGUACAUCUAUAUUGCAGAUCAACAUUCAUUACAUGACUUCAUCCAAGCCCAGCUUUGUGGUAGUCUGUAUUUCACCAUUUUUUGUAAGAUUGUCAUCAGCAGCUUUCUUAACAGGACCAUUGGACCCCUUUACAGUUCAUGGUUUCAUGUCUGGGUCUGAGACACACUCUCACUCAGUUGCAUUUUUCUGUGCAAUAUUGACUUGACACUGUACCGGUACACCUGCUAGUGUAUCCUGUAUGUACAUGUGUGAAAAGGAAGAGCUUGUACUGUAAGUUUGGAACAGUAAACUUCCAGCACAAACUCUUUCUUGUCAUACUCUAUCCAGUUUGUGACUUCAUCAUACACGCGAAUACGCCACGAUUUGCAGGCUCCCAUUGGACGAUAGUUGAAGUUGCGCAUUAACUUCCGGUUCCAUGUAAACGGCGAU